CAAGCAUACCCAAAAAUCCUAUUCUGCUCACCCACACGGGUGAGAGUGUGAGACAUGAACCAUGCUCCUUGGUUCCAAUUCUUUUCUGCGCACUCGACUAAAAUCUCGGUGUUUAGCGGAAGCCCUGACCGGAAUGCUCUCGCCGGCUCUUUGCCGUUUAGACGUAGGCCACAUCACCUGAAAACGAGUCGGUGUAUGAAUAGAACCGGAACUCUGAAGGACUGGAAAGAUUAUGACCAAGCUGUGAAGGAUAAGGACCUAACCAGAGCUCUUCGGUUCUUAAAGAGUAUUCCUCUCCAACCAAAGGAGGAGUCUUGGAUAGACUCCAGCCGGUAUUCGAGCGAGCUGGAUUGGGCAAGGGCCGCUCGGCAAGAGCGCAAUUGGGAGAUUUUGGAUACCUGCUUGAAUGCGGAUGCUGGAUGAUAUGAGGUUUGUUGCUGGAGCGUACACUUUUCUCAAGGGCAUGGAUCUCUUGCCCAAUUUUGGGAAAUGCAGUAGCAUUGGAAUAUACCACCGAGAUGCUACCUUAUAUUCUUAUGUGUUGGGCUAACAUCCUGGGUUAGGCUACAAUGUGUGAGAUAGGCUAGGAGGAAGAUGGGUCAUGAAUUAUGGCCCUGGAUUUCUGACUUUGGCCAGGGAAAAUUCCAAGUUCAUCAGUCAGCGUGGCGUAAAGUGAAGAUUGGGGCAUUACCCCAACAAGCUGGAACACAAUUCUGCAGGGAAGAAAAACUUGAGAAUGAGCUCGCUUAAGGUCGGUUGAGUAGAACUGCCUUUGACAGGUAUUGCAUGGUUCUUUUUGCUGGGAUUGCCGCUGAAGCUCUUGUCUAUAGAGAAGCAGAGGGUGGAGAAAAUGAUGAGAAUUUAUUCAGGAGCAGCUGUAUUCUUUUAGAUCCACCACUAUCUGUUGCUCAGAUGUCAAAUCAAGCUAGAUGUUCAGUAAUGCAAUCCUAUAAUCUGUUGAUAUGGCAUGAACAUGCACACGGAGCUGCAUUUCAAACAAUAGAGGGUGGGCAGAGUCUGAGUGUGAUUAUUAAAACAAUUGAAGAAGCUAUGUCUUCCAGCAGUUGAACUAUGGAAUGCAAGAUGGAUACUUCUUUCGUGGAGGAAUGGAUAAUAUCUCACCCAGGCUUCUAAUUUUCAGAACAUAUAUAGAUUUGAUGGGAAACCUUUAUAACCCAGAAUAUGCAGACUUGAAGCGAUAAUUUGGACGGAAAAGUAAUGAAAAAACAAGAAACUUCUCAACUGGCCUGGUAUAGAGUUUUUAUGGCACUUUUCACUAGAGGUGGUUCAACUUACUGCUGGUAGCCUAGUAAUAACAUCACACUGCAUCUGUGAACUGCCUUUCAGAGAAGAGAUUCUUCCAUGGAUAGCUGCACAUUGAAAAUUUAGUGUGCUUUCUUAGUCUUGACACCAAAAUAUAGUCACUUGAUUUGGUCUAGGCUUGGCAUCACUCCAGGCCUCAUUGAAGAGUAAUGAUUAGCGAACAAUGUGAAAGAAAUGUUUUUAGUUUAUUUAAAAAGAUGGUAUUUAUAAAGGGAAAAUGUAAAGAUUAAGCAUUCAUUUAGUUUUACCAAAAUUUAGCUUCGUUCCUUUUAAGUCCUUCAAAACUGUGGUAGAUGAACUACAUAUCAAUAUAUCAUGUAGACAUGUAGUUCGCGUAUUUAUCUUUUUCACUUUAUCAGUUAAUUGUGGAGACUGGAG